UCUGCUAUCCCGGUAACUCAUUCACGAACACUCAUUCAGCUCACAGUAGCAAAAAAUUUAACAGUGAGAUUAUCAUUCCUCUUUUCCUGUAAAACAUUCACAGUUCUACAUAUUAAGACGGAUACGGGCGUAGAAGAGAAGGCAGAGACGGAAAAAUGCAUCCAAUUGUGAUUUAAAAAACAUACGCGAAAUUCCGGCAAUAGAAUAACCAGUAGCGGAUAAUGUGGCGAGUGAAAUGAUGUCGUAUCACUGGAGUUCUUUGCUUGCGCUUGAUACAGUUCUUGCCCUUUCUACAAAUACACUAUACUUUUCAGAAAAUUUUCAAAAUCAUCGAGUACAACAAUGAACGAUGAGUUCUUCUACGUCACAUUCCUUACGAUUCACAUCGUCUUCGGUGUGACCCAUAUCGAUAAGAUUCCGAAAGCAUAUCAUCGCAAUGUGUGCACAUUGAUCGGUUUGGUAACGAGUGUCCUGCUAACAGGAUGGGACUUUGUGCAUCAACUAGCUCUUUGUUCGUUGACAAUUGUUACGAUUGUACUCCAUCGGCAGACAAAGGCAUUCAACUUGUAUCCAUUACUCAACUGUAUCGCUUUUGGGUACCUCUUCUAUUUUCGGUUCUACUGUGCAAAUAAUUUUAGCAAUAUGAUUAUGAUGAUGUUAGCGCUGAGAAUGGGUGGCCUAGGGGUAGAACUAAGUGAGCCUGAGGUGAGAACUGAUUCGGCACUAUACGAAACAUCUAUUAAGGACAUUGUCCACUAUGCAUUUUCGUAUAUUGGACUGUUGGCAGGACCCUAUAUUCGGUUCCGUACGUUCAUGGAUUUCAUGGAUGGUGUGUGUUCGACCACGUUUGUGCAACGGAAGCCUUUUCUAAUGUUCCGCCUCGCUUAUUUCCCAAUAUUUAUUACAAUGUUCUUUGCGUCAAUUUAUAUUGCGCCGAUCCAACCCGCCAAGACGGCGGAGUUCCACGAUGAAAGCGGCUUUUUCUACACUGUUUGGUAUAUGUGGGUCAUGUUUGUGGGCUUCCGUGCUCGGCUUUACAUCGGGUUCUUAUUAGCCGAAUGCAGUUGUAUCGCGUCUGGGUUGGGAGCCUACCCUGAACACUGGGUCAAUCGCAGUGGAGAGGGGCCUAAGUUCCGGAAAAUACUGACGGACGGCGAUGCCGAUCGCCAAAGAGAGCUGAAUCAACUGCCAGGCGAACCCGUACAACAACAGGCCAUCGACUUUAACACGGUCUGCAAUGUGGAUGUAUGGGGCUGCGAAGGCUCUCCCACACUCAAAGAAACAAUGCGUUCAUGGAACCAAACGGUGCAAUAUUGGCUGGCUGUCAACUGCUACAAGAGGGCGCCUUUUAACAAUAGAAGCAUCCGGAUGGGAAUCACUCUGAUCAUCAGCGCAUUCUGGCAUGGCGUGAGUCCGGGCUAUUAUUUCUGCUUUAUUACCAUGGUUUUCUUUGCCACAGCGGAAGAUUACCUCUUGGAGCAUUUUUCUGAACAGAAAUUAUUUAAGAUUCCGACAAGGACAGUCCAGAGAAUACUGUUCGCUCAGAUAAAAAUGGUCGUUGUUGCCUAUUUGGGAGUAGCGUUCGCGAUGAUGCGUUUACCGGAAAUAUUUCUAUUUUACUGGAAUCUUUACUUUGUUGGUCAUUUGGGGGUGGCAGCGAUUUUGUGCUAUUUUUUUGUAGCUGUGAAAAAAUCGAAAGCGCACAUUCAUUAAUUAGCCCAAUAUUCGAUGCGUGGGUGCCUGUGAGCAACCAUAAUCAAUUUGUUGAAGUUAUUAUGAUUAUUAUUUUCAUAAUGCAUGCAGAAGUUCCAACGUGCAUCCCUGCCGUGCAGGUAGUGUUGCUUUUACAUUAAUAAACUAGAUUCAUAUUUAUAUAUGCAAGAACAAAGAUAAACAGAUAUAUUUCUAGGAACAUUUCCUUUUAAACAAAAAGCCAAUGGCGUCUUUACGGUAUUCAUUACAAGAUACAGUAGUUGCAUCCCAGUACAAUUUCACGAUAUCAAUGUCAUUUCAACUGUUACAGUACUUCCUCCUCGCUGUAGCAUUCGGCAAGUCGUUGAUAAGAUGCGAUAGUGCAGAAAGGUACCUCGCAAAGAAAUGUCCUCCAUGCAUAACUUCGUACUUAUAUUAUCAUUAUUAAUUGAAAUUAUCCUUAUAGACAUUGCCAGGCUACGCUGAUAUGGCAUAUUAUUUCUCUAGUGAAUGAAUCGCAUACAAUUCGUUGAUACUGUUCCCGUCCAGGUAAUUUUUACGGUUAAAAUCUGUAGCCUACCGAAUUAGCGCGCCUAUCGAAGGUUUCCGCCCAUAAUGUUCACUGAUAUCGCUCAAUAUCUGAAGAAUGGUUUCACAUCAGUGUUAAAUGGCAACCUUUCCGCAGAUUGUACCUUGGGUUUUCCUUUUGGGCACUUUGGGCGGUGCUGAAGCACACACUUUCUAUUUCAUACUACUAUUGGUGAGGGUUAAACAAUCUAACCAGUAUGAAGAGUAAAUUUAGGGGAAAAAUGAAGCCUUGUGCGUCCUAAGCCAAUAAGUGCUUUUCAAUGAGAUUUUUUUUGUUGUCCUGCCAUUGGGUUCGGUCCUGUUGGGUUAGGCGGCUUUCAGUGUAUCUCACGCAGCUAGCACAAACACGAUUUUUCUCAGUCGUUUCUUUCUUUGUACGGUCAAUCUAUACCACCGAGAAAAACAUUUUUCAACUAGUAUCGGGCUAGUUCCUGCCAACUUACACACGAGUGACAGAAUUUGGUGAUUAAUCUUUGUACUAAGAGUAUCAAGUAUCGAGUGCCAAACGUGCUCAGCCUCUUUCUAUUGCGAGCUUAGGCUUUUGACUGGUGUGGAAUUCUGCGUCUUUCAAAAAGAGGCUUCGGGAUUGAUGUUGGUUUAUUUGAGCCGUUUUCAACCCAAUCAAGUUUUUAUUGUUUAUUUCGAUUCAGUAUCUCUACUAAACUCGAAUCGUCGGUGUCCAGCAUUUUCUGUCAAAGAACUGGCCGUCUAAGUCAUGGGUUGGUUAACUUAUUUCGUCUUGCUAUUCAUUUGGUUCGUCAUUCCGACGAGAUCACAAAAAAGUGACAAACAAGUUUGUCCGGUGACUUAAUUUACUAUUCGAUUUACGCCAAACGUCGUUCGUCCUGCUGGUCAGGAACAGACAAGUUUCUUUUGAUUUAGAGAUCAUGACAUCUUCGUGAAUUGUUGUUUCUCUUUAUGUGCGUGUGUGCUUAUAGGUACGGUGUGUGUUAUAUAAUUUUGUGACUUAUGUGAAGUAGGUAUGUCAUUUAAUGCAGCUAAUGUAAAAAAAGACUAGAUUCAGCGGUUACUUUAUCCUUUAUUUCUUUUUUGAAGUGAUCAGCUGUCUGAAAUUAAGAUGACCUUUAUCAAAUCCCUCCAAUAUUUUUUUUAUUAGAGGUAGCGUACUGCAAAUCCUUAAGUAAAUAUUAACUUAGUGUAGUACAAUGUAUAAUAAAAGGUGGAUUUUUGCUAGCAUGGAAUUAGUAUCAUAAUAGCCAAAAAAGAGUUUAGCCAAAAAGUACAGAUAAGGAAAUAUUAUUCCGCCGUAAAGACCAACAAUAUAGCAACCGUUUCGUUGAAAAAAGAAUCGGUUUUCGACUGAGUUCCUACAAACACACAGUUGUUUCGUGUUAAAAAUCUCGCCCUGCAACUGUGUGCGGUCAAAUGUAUAUUGGAUAUAAUCGUGGUUAUAAUAGUAGACAGGCGAUUAACCAAAUACGACAGUUCCUCAAAAUGUGAUAUUUCAGUUUGGACAGACAAUGGAAAAUCUACACGAGUGAUGCAUGCGUAUGGAAAUUUGACCUGGAAUUUAUCAUACUGCUGUCACACGCACUGUAUAUCUUAAAUUUCAAAUGACGCCAUGCCCUGGGGGCUCGCUGUGUCAUUUCUCUUACUAGAGCCAGCGAUGUUUUACAAUAAACCAAAUGCGUGAUAGGAUAUAAAUAAACCAUUUCAAAGCCGCUUUUCCCUCUACCUUCAGCUCUAUGAAGCCACGUUUGCUCGUUUGAAGUAACAUGUACAUUUUUAUCGUAUUUACAUCACUGAUUAACAGACCAAUAACGAACAUCAUUUAAUAGUUAUACACAAGAAAGCUACACAGCCAAAUAAGCUCUCGAACAUGAUUUUUUUUGUAUUUAACAAAUGCCGACACCUUCAAUGCGUUUCCUUUGUUAGCUUCGAACUUUGUGGUCCUGUCGUCGACGUGAAAUCUCGCACAUAAUCCAGUGCCAAAUAAACUAUAAUCCAGACGAUGAAAAUCGAAUUUCGAACGCUGUGUAAUAACAAUAUGCCGAACGAUAAAACUACGCAAAUUGAUAUAGGACAAAUGUCUAUGCUAGUCUGCGUCACAAUAUAAUAUCAUGUACAAAUUCGUGUACCGACUCUGCAUGUAAGCACGUGUUAGAUCUGCUAGAUAUGUAUUUUUUGAUAGCAGAAAUCACUGUUUAGCUGGUUGCUUUCAUGGGAGGGUCCCUGUGAUGAUGCCAUGGUUACAUCUUUGCUUACCAAAAUUUAAGCACACGUGAUCGCCUAGAUUCAAAACCGAACGUAGAUACGCUUCGUGUGGCGCUUGGGAGAGCUCCGAGAAGAAAGACAUAGUAAAAUGGAAUACAGAACCUGGCUAGGACAAAGCCUACAAAUAAACUUUUGGCUAUUCAGUGCAACGAAUAUAUAUAAGAAGGCAACUGUUUUUGCUAUUGCAUUGUAUUUUAACUAUGUCAACACGUUUUAUGCAUGGUAAAUGGAGAAAUGGUGGAGAAUACGAUUGAAUCCAUUGCUAAGAUAUUCAAUGAGUUUAGCCGUACGUACAAGGAAAGCGACUUUUAGUUUAUUUUUUUCUAUACGGAACAAUAGACCGAACUCCUUAUUUACGCGUGUAACGAUUUUUUCCACUCAAUGAAUUCGACUAAAUAAAUUGACUAGGAAUAAUGAAAACGAUAACAUUGUAGACGUAUCUUUGGUACCUGGUUGAGGUUCUCUUUGGUCAUCGAGUUUCUCAGAUCGUCAGCCUAGAAUUGGGCUCGACCAAAAAUAAUAGUCUGUCUUCACGAAGGCAUUAUUGGGUCGAGGAAACGCUAUAGUUGGGUUUUUAUUCGAUGUGCACAGAACCUCUAUGGAACGUAUAAGACAAAUUCCGUUGCAAGCAAAAAAAGAAUGCUUAUGUAAUCAGAGCUCACUGCGUGGUAACUGUUGAAUGAAACCGAAGUCGAUUCAGUAGUAACUAAAAUUCGAACUUUUGCUUCCGUUUACGCUAUGAUUCUAAGUCCGCAAAGCAAUCUUUAGAUUGUCUGAAUGUUUUUUUUUUAAUCUAAUUUUUAAUAUGAACUUGAACGUCAUGAAUUCUCAUGCGACAUGCAUGAAACUCGACUCAUCACUUUCAACGGCUUCACAGCUAAAAACAUCCUCUACGUCACUCCAGUUACUAUAUUUUUGAUUUUUUGCUAUUUUAAAGGACUGUCACCUUGAUUCACAAGUUUUGUUAAAUCUUUUUUUUUUCUAUUAUUGGAAUUAAUCUGUGUUGUGAUGACAAGUUUUUUUUAUAUAUUGCGGUUUAUAUAGUAAUAUAUAUUGUAAUAUAUAGUAAUAUAGUAAUUUACUAAAUAUAACUUAAGCUUAACUUUCGGGAGGAGAUGCAAGCUGGAUCCGUCUCAUCAUUCCCAUCCUUCAAUUGAGGUAGCUGAGUUGUGCAUUAAUGAUUAUUUAAUCUUUAAAGAAAUAGAUAAAUUAGUCGAUCCAUUUAUAAAAGCAAAGUUUGUCUCGAGAAAGAUAGUGAAACUUCAUUUUCAAUAAAGAGAAACCAGGCAGUAUCAGAAUCUCGUGCCAAUAUACUAUUUGUUUAUAGCUGAUGUAUCAAUGCGAAUCUAUAUUCAAUAAAUCAUAUAUUUGUAGAAUUAUUUUUUCGUACUGUCAUUUUUUGUCGUUCUGACAAACUAGUGUCUACACAUCUGUAUAAUGAGUAUGUACUCAGCAGCUUAGUAAUG